AUGUGGGUGAGUAAAAAGCUGAAUUUUGAUCUGACAAGUGCGGGGGAAGUCCAAAAGUUACAGUUGAACGAGUUGGUCGAGUGGCGAAUGAAUGCCUACGAAAAUUCCAAGAUCUAUAAAGAGCGAACCAAGAAGUGGCAUGAUAACCGCAUAAGCAAAAGGACAUUCUUCGUGGGAAAGUUGAAGUCCCGCUGGUAUGGGCCAUCCCGCAUCAAGACUAUCUUUCCCCAUGGCAUAGUGGAGCUAACCACCGAGGAUGGAAAUAGUGCAAUCAAAGUAAAUGGUCAAAGAAUUAAGCCCUACUAUGGGGGCAAUGUGGAACGACGCAUGGAGACCAUCGACUUAAGCAAGCAGGAUUGA